AUAUUGCUCUAGUAAGAUCAUGUUAAAAAAAAUUAAAAAAUAAUAAAAAUGUUUUUAAAAAAUGAAAAAAAAAUAUUAUUAUAUCAUUAUAUCACCAGCAUGCCAGUUAUAUGAUGAUGCUGUAGUCCAGGGGCGGACUGACCAUUUGGAAACUCGGGCACUGCCCGAGGGCCCGGGAUGCCCCUGGUACCUUUUUCAUAGGCUUUUUUGAGUUUGGGCAGGACACAGGGGCCCCAUGAUCCCCUAUUGCCCAGGGG